AUGGAGGGACAUCCAUCACAGCCCGCGGAGCGAAUUCCCGCACUUCAGGAAUAUUUUGCACGAUGCACAGCCCAAAUUCAUCCUGAGAAAUCACCAGAGGAAGAGUUUCAAGAAAACAUCAAAAUAGCCCAAGAUUCGUUCAACAGUCUUACUCACUCGUCACAAAACUCAUUCGACAAGUUCGAUGAGAUUAUGAGCUGCGGAGCUCGAAUCAAAGACCUUAUGGCGUUACACAAAGAUACUAAGGAACAAAAGGAGCGCGAAUAUCAGCAAAGGCUUUGGGAACUGCAGAUUGCCUUGGUGAAUGAACAUCUAGACCUCUUUGGUCCUGAACUUGGUAAAUGGCUAUGCGAGAAUUGGUGCGACCGGGUCGGUCACCCUCUUUCUACUACUACUACUGCUGCUCAGUCAGACACUGUACCAGGCGCCAUCGAUACCCACCAACCCGAAGACACAAUUGCCUCGGGUUCCGCUCCUACACAAGACCCUCUCGCCCAGCCGACAAGCACGAACAACUCCGUACCUAGCCCUCCCAUCGCCGAAAAUGCAAUCAAGCCGACUGGUCGCCCGAACGAACUGCACAGAAUCGAACAGAACACCUCAUCAGGUCCCAAAAAGAGACCGAUCGACUCCCACAAAUCCGCCGAAUCUCGUCCGACCCGUCCAAUGAAGCGCGUUCGAUCGGAUGCAGCACAAGAGCCUCUUACGGGCGACAGAACCAUUGAGUUCGACCAAGUCUACCAAAACGGCCACGCCGAGCCCAAGUAUGUCAUCGUCAAGCACGACAAUUUCUGGUAUAUCCUCGAGUGUAAGAAACACAAGCUGCAUUUCAUCAAUCAUCCCAUUCGCGGUGCCCAGAAGCACCUUCGAGGCAAGAAGCAUAACCAGACUUCUGUCAACUUUGAAGAAGCCAUUCGCGCUCUCGGAACUCGUGUUCUUAACUGCACGGACGAAAGCGUCGCUGAAAACAAUGAGGUUGCGCAAAGACCUUCUUACUCUGAGAUGGGUCGGCCUGUCAAUAGUCUUUCUCCCUCAGUUGCUCACAGCGUUCCCACGCGGAGUAACCAGAACCUGUCCGUGAUUGACCCCAAGCCUGGCGAGGUGUACACAACCUAUUGGAGUGAGACAAAGAAAUUCUUUGCCAUUCUGGUUCUGCCUUGGCGUAAUGUCGGACAUCUUGGUAAAGAUUUAUCGCUUACAGUCAAGGACACUGAGCUCAUCAGAAAAGUCCCAUCCUGUUAUCAAUAUAACCAUGUCGACGAGUCAUACGAAUGGGCUCCACCCUACCGCCCUGAUGGACAGCACUACCCGAAGAGGAAAUAUCCCAUUAUGUAUUUUGAUGCGUCUGUGUUUCCAGGGCAAUGUCAUGUUUUUUGGGUUGCUGCACGCGACUUUCACUUAUACGAUCCUCAGGUUGCCACCACCCCGUUCAAAGACAUCGUGGAUAGAUAUAUUGCAUCAAAAAAUAAUAGUAGUGAUCAAGCAGUCUCUCAUAUCAACGCUGGACAAGGGAGCCUCAGCGAUGACCAACCGACGGCCGAGAUAUUCCCUCGCGAAGAACAGUUUACAGGCGUCCCCGGUCGAGAGAUCAUUGUCAUUGAUGAUGAAAGCGAUGAUGAAGCAGGAUGUGCUGAGCCAUUGCCUGAUACACCCGUCGGGGCGCGCGUUCCCAAGACCGAGCCUCGAGAGGAACCUAUGACGUUAGGUAAUGCCCAGCAAGAUGCAAGCCCCAAUCACGGCAAUGGGUAUUCACAACAGCCGUGGAAUUCUGCGUUAUCGGAUCAUAGUCAACAUCGAGUGAAUGAUAAUUUGGACUCUCAUGACGACUUGAUCAACUCGGCAGAGUACCGCCGGCGUUUAGCCCACGGUAGUCAAACAGACUCUAUCCUGCGAAAGCCCAAUCAUACUCCGCAACAUGAUGGCAUAUCUGAGUCUCAAGUACUAACCGGAGACGCCUCUUCAGACCCUUCAUUUCCCAUGCAACCCCAGGCGACAGCUGUUGGUGACGCUCCAGUAUCUCAAUGGCCUCCGACGCAACAGCACGAACCGAGCAUCACGAAUUUCCAUCCCCAUCAGCUACCCCGACCAGCGACUACUGAGACCCGCGCCCCUGAAGCUAUCAUGACCCAACUGUCUCAUAACCAGAACCCAACAGAUAGCUCCCAGGCCCAAGCAACGGGAUUGUACGGUUACUUGAACCAAGCGCCAAGUGAAUUAUCGCAAUGCCGAAUUGAUAACGGUCGCCUUAAAUGGCUCGCUCCCAAGACCACCGGUGGGAUCUAG